AUGAAUCAACCCAUUACUGCUCUUUUCUCUUCUCAGUCAACAGAAGGUGAAAAGUUAGUUCCAGAAGAAGAAGAUGAUGAUGAUGAUGAUGAUGAUGAUGAUGAUGAGGUCAAGAAGGUGCAUGAGUCUGUUAAUCUGAAAGUAGAGGCCCUCAAGUAUGAAAUGUCGAAAGAGGUGGCCAAGAUUGAACAAACUCAUUCGACUCUUCAUGACAAGAUAGAUGUUGUUAUUGAUGCUAUCAAGAAACUUGUGGAGCAUUAUACUUCUUUUACUUCCAAGUUUGAUGCCAAGACUGAUGUCGAUUCGAAGGUGUUUUCUAAGAUGGAAGACUUUUGGGGGAGCUUGAACGAGUCCAUUUCGAAGAUUGAUACUUCUCAUACAUCUUCUAUUUCUCAGGAGUACAUGUCACAGAUAUUUUCUUCCUUAGAAACAAAUCUUAAAGUUGAACUUGCUCCUCUUCUUAAAUGUGUAAAUAUGAUGCCAACAGAUGCCCCAUCUGUUAACUCAAUGGUGCAAGGGGGGAUAAGGGGGUUGGCUCAUCGAAGGAUCCUGAUCAAGGAAAGGUUAUAA